AUGAGCUGCCACAUAUGUUCUCAUCCUCCAGUAACGCGCCAACCUUUCUUUUGCCCUACCUGCGCUCGCAGUCAGCUUUACCAGCUACGGCUCGAAAAUGCCAGAAUCCGCCUCGAGAGAGAGUCUUUCGGACAACAGAUCGAAGAUAAAUUAGCACCUGGGGAUACUCGGAAAGAAUAUGCCACUAGCUUCGAAAGAGCGAAAGAAGUACCUGAAGAAGGGGGCUCGACUUUCCGGGCAGUACAAACUAUUGCUACCGAAGAAGCCAAGUCUUGCGCUCGGAGACAAACGGUUGCAGCUCAGAUCGAGCGCCUAGAGGCCGACAUAGAACAGAGAAAGUCCGAUCUGUCUCGAAGAAGGUCGGAGCUAGACCGUCGAAAGUCCGACGAGGAGUCGGCAAGGUAUCAGCUCGCCGGAAGAGAAACUUCAACCUUGGUUGGUCUUCAGAAUAACACCAAGAGGACGGACCACCUGUGGCACACCUUGCACAGUAGAACAGCCGAAGCCCGGAUAUUCCUCUGCAGGGAGAUUGCCUCCCUCUAUGGAUUACACCACAGCGCUCGUGAGAAAGGCGGCAAGCUUAAAUCGACUUACACAAUUAGCGGUGUGCCCAUAUUCGACCUCCGGGAUCUGAAUGGAAAGUUAUCAACAGGGGCCUGUCCAGUUCAGAUAUCAACAUCGAUGUCUUACAUCGCCCGCCUGCUUGUCCUCACUUCUCAUUAUCUAUCUCUAAAACUCCCAGCUGAAAUAGUGCUCCCCCAUAGAAACCAACCGGCAACUACCAUAUAUGCACCCUCUGGGUCAUAUCUUUCACAGAAAUCCAAUUAUAUGCCCUUCCCAACCUCAUCACAUUCGAGUUCAACAACAGGAGCAGACAAAUCGCAGUCCCGUUUACCCCAAUCUCGGCCUCUUUCUGUGGAUAAAAGUCUCCCGAAAUUAGCUGUGGAAGAUUUCAAAACUUAUUCUUUGUUCCUGGAAGGGGUGACUUGGUUAGCUUGGGAUUUGUCUUGGUUAUGCCGAACGCAAGGUCUUAACCUAGCAUCGGAUUCUUGGGAAGAAGUUUGCGAUAUUGGGAAAAACCUAUGGCAGCUCUUUCUUGCCCCUUCUGUGCAAACGGCAGCACUAACUAGGGCAUUUACCGGCCCUGACAUACAAUCACCGUUAAAGGCUACAAAAGACUCCCCAAAGACCACGAUCCAAAGGACAAAGUCGUUCCCAGUGCUUGGGCACUAUUCCCAUGGCACGGUACAUUCUUUCCUAGGCGCAUCAGAAGGGAUGGAGUUCAUGCGAACUUGGAAACUUUCAACUCCCACAGCAGUCAUGGACAAAAUUAAAGCAAGUUUGCUUGGAGAAAUGACAAAUGCAGAAUGGGAGGUAUUGGAGAAGAAGGAAUGGGACGACACGUUGCACGAUCCAACUGAUCCCACUCCCAGUGCAGAGCAGGGGCAUAGGCUUGCCAGGGAUGGUCCAUCGACUGGGUCCAUGGCCGCGGAAGACCCGCCUAGGUAUAAUGGCGCCUAUCUCACUACUUCAACUAAAGUGGAGAGCUCCAACCGGUCGAAGGGAACCAGCGGUUGGACGAGGCUGAAGAAUAGAUCAUGA